CACCUUUUCCUCCUCACCAUGAAAUUUGCGGAACACCUGAGCGCUCACAUCACACCGGAAUGGAGAAAGCAGUACAUCAACUACGAGGAAAUGAAGGCUCUGCUGUAUGCCGCAGUAGAGCAAGCACCGUCGGCAGAUGUAAGCGAGCCAUAUAUUUUAGACAGCUUCUACGGCAAGUUUGACGAGAAGUUUUUCCACUAUUGUGAUAAGGAACUGGCAAAAAUAAAUACCUUCUACUCUGAAAAGCUGGCGGAAGCUACACGCAGAUACGCCACACUUAACAACGAGUUGAGCGAAAUUUUGUCGGUUUCCGAUGAUGUCCAGAGUCGUAAGGCACGCUAUCGCAGUCACAUUCUUCACAAGAAGCCAAUAUCGGCGCGCAAACUUCAAGAGCUAAAACUGGCCUUCUCUGAGUUCUACCUCUUCCUCAUUCUGCUCCAAAAUUAUCAGGAUUUGAAUUUCACUGGAUUCCGAAAAAUUUUAAAGAAACAUGACAAACUUUUGAACGUGGACUUUGGUGGCAAAUGGCGUGCGGAACAUGUUGAUACGGCGAUUUUCCAUACGCGCAAGGAUAUAGAUAGACUGAUCGCGGAGACCGAGGCUGUAGUCACUCGAGAUCUAGAGCACGGCGAUCGUCAAAGAGCUAUGAAGCGACUCAGAGUGCCACCGCUUGGAGAGCACCUCUCUCCAUGGAUCACAUUUAAAGUCGGCCUUUUUUCCGGCGCUUUCGUCAUACUUUUUGUAGCUGUGAUAUUAUCUGCUAUGCGAUAUAACAAGAAGGAUAACUGGAAGGUACUGUGUCGAAUUUAUCGAGGACCACUCCUUCUGACAGAAUUCCUCUUUUUAAUGGGAAUCAACGUUUAUGGCUGGAGAUCUUCUGGCGUGAAUCAUGUGCUGAUAUUCGAACUUGACCCACGCAAUCAUUUGUCAGAACAGCACAUCAUCGAAAUGGCAACCAUACUCGGCCUGGUCUGGUCCAUGUCUAUCCUGGGUUUCCUAUAUAGCGACACGUUGGGUAUACCACCGUUUGUUCAACCAAUGUUGUUUUAUACGCUGUUGGCACUGUUCCUGUUCAAUCCCACCAAGACUCUGCGACACGAGGCGAGAUUCUGGACGCUACGCGUUCUGGGUCGCGUCUUCUGCGCACCGUUUUUUUAUGUGGGCUUCGCGGAUUUCUGGCUCGCUGAUCAGCUCAAUUCUCUUCACACAGUCUUCCUAGACUUUCAGUAUUUUGUCUGUUUCUAUAUCCAGAACAAUUCUUGGACCGACGUUACAGAUACGGAAACCUGCAUAAUGCGUGAACUAUCGAUGAGACCGUUUGUGGUAUGUUUACCGGCAUGGUUUCGAUUUGCACAAUGCCUUAGGCGUUAUCGAGAUACGAAGGAAACCUUUCCACAUCUGUUAAACGCAGUUAAAUACGCAACAAGCUUCUUUGUGGUUAUUUUCUCUUACCUGCACUUAACAAACAAGAAGUACUACCCAUUAUCUACUGAGAAUCCCUACUUUUACCUAUGGCUGACAGUCAGUGUGGUGAGUUCCUGUUUUACGUACACGUGGGAUGUAAAAUUGGAUUGGGGUCUCUUCGACAACAGUGCUGGAGAAAACAAAUUCCUCAGAGAAGAGAUAGUUUAUUCGUCACCUUAUUAUUACUAUUUUGCAAUGGUCGAAGAUUUUAUCUUGCGAUUUGGAUGGGCGUUUUCUUUGUCUCUGACAGAGAUGGGAUACAUUCACGCCGACCUUAUGAUUUCUAUAGUUGCUCCUUUAGAAGUCUUCAGAAGGUUCAUGUGGAAUUACUUUCGACUGGAGAACGAGCAUCUAUACAACGUAGGCAAGUUCCGAGCGGUACGAGAUAUCUCCAUAGGGCCCAUCAGGCGCGAUGAAGACAACCUCAGAAACGUGGUGCGUCUGAUGGACAGUGUAAACGAGAAUGACGACAACGGGAAUGACGAUGACAAUGAUGGAUUAAUGGAGACCCAUGAUCACGAUGUCUGAUAUGUUUUAUACGUUUCGUGUGGAACUUCUUCCGCUUGGAGAACGAGCAUUUGAACAAUUGCGGGAAGUUUAGGGCGGUGCGGGACAUCUCGGUUGCACC